AUGCCGUUCAUUUCUUCUCCAGUGGCCUUCCCGACCAGUGCGCCAUCGCCAGAGUCUCAGAAGCGCAAGAAUGACGCCCAACCCCAGGACUCGGAACCCAAACGCCAGAAGAUAGUGGGUGGUUUCUUGGAUGAAGAUGACGACGAUGAUGAACUGGAGGCUUUCGGUGAUGCUCACAUACAAAGCGACUUCAACUUCUCCGAACAUUUUGCCGCCCAAAGGCCAGCAGAAUCGCCGCGACUCUCACAGUCCUCGCAGCUCCCGUCCCAAUCUGCUGGUGCAUCCAAUCCAGCUCCAGAUAUGUCGACAACUACCCUUCCCAGCUCAUCGCGGAGGCUGCCCCUAUCAAUCCCAAUAAAGACCUGCUCGGGCAAGACACAUAACGUUCAGAUGAAGAAGGCUGCCGCGCCGGUUUCCUACGAGAGACUGGUCGCUAGUCGCUCUACCACCGCCCCAGGACGAGCUCAACGAAGUUACUAUGGCAUCGAUAUCCAUCGACUCUUGGACGAAGCUGCUGCGGAUUCCCAGCAAUCAAAUCCCAGACCUCAUGUACCCGCUGUGCAGCCUUCGAUUGAACAAACCAGCGGAGAUCGCAAAAGCAAGAAACAUGCCACGGCAAUGUGGACCGAGAAAUACCGUGCCCGCAAGUUCACCGAGCUUAUUGGGGACGAACGCACGCACCGGGCUGUCUUACGCUGGUUGAAGGGCUGGGAACCCAUUGUCUUCCCAAAUCUAGCCAGGUCGAAGCAAAAGAAGGCUGGCAAUAACCAGGAAGAGGAGGAGCGCAUCCACAAAAAGGUCCUCCUGCUGUGUGGCCCACCAGGACUUGGGAAGACAACAUUGGCGCACGUGUGUUCCAGGCAGGCCGGCUACGAAGUUCUCGAAAUUAAUGCUAGCGACGAACGGAGUAAGGAUGUCGUGAAAGGGAGAAUCAGGGACGCCCUUGGGACUGAGAACGUCAAGGGCAUGAAUGUGGAGAUCGGCGAUCGCAAAGUGCGAAAAGCAGGCCGGCCUGUGUGCGUGGUUGUCGACGAGGUUGACGGGGUUGUCAGCGGAACUGGAGGUGGUGGUGAGGGAGGUUUCAUGAAAGCAUUGAUUGAUCUCGUCCUCCUCGAUCAGAAGAACUCGUCCCGUUCGGCUGAGCAGAACCCAACAGGCAGGAGGAAGAGGGGCGACAAUUUCCGAUUCCUUCGUCCGCUGGUGUUAGUCUGCAACGAUGUCUAUCACCCUAGUCUACGGCCGCUGCGGACUUCUGGUGUUGCUGAGAUGAUCCACGUCCGCCAGGCCCCAUUGGAGAAUGUUGUUUCGCGCAUGAGGAGUAUCUUCACCAAGGAAGGUAUUCCAGCGGACAAUGACGGAGUGAGGCGUCUAUGUGAGGCCUCCUGGGGUCUUGCACGUCGGAAGCAAGGCGGCACCAGAAAUAGCGGCACGGCAGAAGGCGAUAUUCGAAGCGUCCUAGUGGCAGCCGAGUGGGUGGCGCACAAGCUGAAAUACGAAAGCGCGGAAUCGUGCCGAUUGACGAGAAGAUGGCUAGAACAAAGCGUCCUCAGCGACACCACCGGAAGCGGUUCGUUCUUCAAGGGGCUGAACCGUGGAGGCGUCCGCGACAUUGUGGAGAGGGUUUUCGCAGAAGGAGCAGGAUUCAGCGACAGCUCCAUUGGCACUGAAACGUUUGUUGAUCCUUUCGAUAACGGCAGCGGAAAGGUUCCAGUGGGUGUCGCAGAUCUGAGAAAGCGUCAUGCUAUCAACCGUCUGCGGGAGAUGGUCGACGCUAGUGGCGAACAUGAUCGCUGCAUCACUGAUUGCUUUACCUCGUAUCCUCUCCAAACAUUCCAAGACGAUACGUUCCUUUCCAAGCCGAACGCCGCUUAUGAAUGGCUUCACUUUCACGACUCUGUGUCGUCGAAGGUCUAUUCGAACCAGGAAUGGGAGCUAACCCCAUACCUCAGUCAGUCGGUUGUUGCAUUCCAUCAUUUGUUUGCAUCUGCGCACGGGAAGCGGAAUCACAACGAAGUUGAGGACGAGGAAGAAGAAGAACAUCCGUUCUCUGGACCAAGAGCGGAAUAUACAGCGAAUGAGUCCCUCAAGCAGAACCGCGCCAUUCUCACAGGAUUCCAGUCUUCGUUCUCUGCUCCACUCCUCCGCCUCUUCCGGUCAACCGACUGCCUCGUCACGGAUCUCAUUCCUAACAUCAUGCGAAUGUUGUCUCCUGAUGUGAAGCCGGUGGUUGUUCGUGGGGCUGGAGAACAACGGAGCGUGGCGAGCGUGCGGAAGGAAAGCGAGCGAGCUCUCGUACUGGCCGCAGUGCGGGUCAUGACAGAGCUAGGCGUCACGUUUGAGCGCGUUCGCGUUGAAAACGAGGGCGCGCACGGUGGAUGGGUGUACCGGAUGGAACCACCGUUAGACACCCUUAUAUCUUUCUCCAAGAUGAAAGGAAGCACACAGGCCAGUAGCAGCUCCGGCCCCGUUCGGUAUGCGGUCCGCCAGGUCCUGGACCAGGAGUUCCGCAAGGAGAAGGUGCGCAAGCAAGCUGAGGCCUUGGGAUCGUCCAAGCUCGCGAAGACGUCGAAGGGGAAGCCGGCGGAUGGCCAGGAUGACGAGACUGGGAAGAAAUCGGCUAAAUAUGGGGCUGGCGUGAAGCGCGACUUCUUUGGGAGGAUCGUCCAAGAGCCGGCGCCACAGCCGGACAGCUCGCAGGAGACUCCGGUGCAGAGCGAGGCGUCGAAGGCGGGCCGGAAGGCGUGGGUGACGUAUCAUGAUGGGUUUUCGAAUGCCGUGCGCAAGCCGAUCUUGAUGAGCGAGUUACUGGCUGGGUUUUAG